GGCUAUCACUGAUUACCAAACAACAAAACGUAAAAUCGAAUUUGGCCGAGCGAACGAACGAAUCAUGGAUCACAGUGUAGCGGAUGAAAUAAUGUUGAAAUACUAUUAAACAAAUUAAUAAAUAAAUUAAGAAAAAGUGAAUUACAAUACUUUAAAUAUAAAGAAAAAUAUUGCAAAACUUAAAACAUAAAAAUCCCUAGCAAAAGCCAAAAAAUCGGGGCCCUUUGAAGGCAAAGAAAAAAAUUAACUGUGUGUAUGUUUGUGUAAAAAAAGGUGGUGUGUAAGGAGAAAAAAGAAAAAAAAUACCAAAAGCAAAGCACAUAAGAGAAAAAAUAAAGAAUAAUUAAUAAAAGAAAAUUAUUAUAGAAAAUCUAUUCAAAUGUCAGCUAAGGCUGCUCAAUUAAUGCAAUAAUAAAAAAUGUGGAAAUUCAAUAGAUAUUGUACAACAACACAACGUUAGCAAAAGAGAAACACGGAGAAAAAAGAAAUUCCAAUUGUCAAGUUUUAUUUUUUGCUUGCUGCCUUCUGCACACUACACUCUUCUUUAAGUUCAUUGAAGUGCGAAAAUCGGUGUAAAAAUAUUAAAAGAAAUACAAAAAAAAUUAUCGGGUUUUAUUGUUUUUUUAAGCAAAAAUUUUAACGCAAAAAAUUGCAUGCUGAGAUAUUUUUUUAAUUAAACAAAACAGAAAAUAAAAGUAAAAGAAAAACAAACAAAUUGUUUACAUUUUUUCUUUGCUUUUGUAAGAAAGCGAAAAAUGUUUUCAUAAUUGAAUUGAAUUAUCUUGUGUGGUGUAGUGGAAGCAACAAAAUCAACAACAAGAGAAGGAAAUUAAAGAAAAGCGAAAUUUUCUUACGGCAUCUUAAGGGAAAAAGUGCAAAUAAAUACAAAAGAAAUAGAACGAACAAUAAAAAAAUGGAAAUUAAUGUGUGAAAAAUUGUGUAUGAAAUUAAAACAAAAAUAAAAAAGAAUUAAUCACGAAAUAGUGUUCGAACAAAAGUGUUGAGAGGAAAAAACUUGUCUGCUGUUGGUUUUCCCUUGUAAUACGCUAUUUUUCCUCCAAAACAUCCUACUUCUAGUCAUCCAUUUUAGUCUUCUUGUUCUUUUCUUGUAAUUUAUUUUUCUUUAUACGUAUUACCUCUACACAUCAUUCUCAUUUGUUGUUGUUGUUGUCGUUGUUAUCGUGGUCGUUGUUAUUGUUGUCUGGUGUCUCAGGCAAUUCUUCCUUUUUUUUUAAUAUACCGUGUUGUACAUUAUUGGAUGGUUUGAGCUCCAUUGUGUCUGCCAUAAAAAUUCGCCAAAGAAGUUCUUGUUUAGACAACUUUUUUUAUAUUCAUCUUGUAAAACGCGUUACUUGACUCUUUCCAUUGCACAUUCCUUAUUUGGUCCUCUAUGUGCACCUGUUUUUAACCUUCAACGAAAUACUACAACAAUACAAUAGAAAAAAAAGGAACAACAACUAACAACCUUGGAUUACUAUAAAUUUAUAACCACUCCAUCAUCAUACUCAUCAUUGCCAUCAUCCAUUGUGAAAAUUGUCCUCCAACGAGACUUAAGGAGUCAGCUGAAGCAGAGGGAGUUACUGAAACAACAGCAGCCACAAUAUGCCCAAAUGCGAUGUUAAGACACGUUACAUUCCUGCGACUUUCGCUUGGAUUUUAUUAUUAACCACCACAUUUCUUUUCUUCUUUUUUCCCUGCCAAUAUUAUUUAAAAAGUCAUCCAUGGGUACCAGCAUAUCAGGGCGUUAUAACAUUUUUUGUGUUAGCCAAUUUUACGUUGGCCACAUUUAUGGAUCCAGGUGUAAUACCCAAAGCUUCUCCUGAUGAAGAUCGAGAAGAAGAAUUCCGUGCACCUUUAUAUAAAAAUGCUGAAAUAAAUGGCAUUACGGUGAAAAUGAAAUGGUGUGUAACGUGCAAAUUUUAUCGACCGCCAAGAUGUUCACACUGUUCCGUAUGCAAUCAUUGUAUAGAAACAUUCGAUCAUCAUUGUCCUUGGGUUAAUAAUUGCAUUGGACGACGUAAUUAUAGAUUUUUCUUUUUCUUUUUGGUUUCUCUAUCGAUACACAUGUUGAGCAUAUUUUCUUUAUGCUUAUUUUAUGUAUUAAAAACAAUGCCAAAUAUAAAAGAUACAGCACCAAUAGUAUCUAUGAUAUUAAUGGGUAUUGUCACAAUAUUAGCCAUACCCAUAUUUGGUUUGACGGGUUUUCAUAUGGUCUUAGUAUCGCGGGGACGUACAACAAACGAACAAGUGACAGGUAAAUUUAAAGGUGGCUAUAAUCCUUUUUCGCGUGGCUGCUGGCAUAAUUGUUGCUACACACAAUUUGGUCCACAAUAUCCAAGUCUUCUUAAACCAGAAAAAUAUGCAGCUCGCCGGUCUCACAAAGAAAAUCAAGGCAUUAGCACGAUAACAACAGAACGUGAUGCCAACAAUCAAUCCAACUCUGGUAGUAUAAUGCGUGGCGGCGGCGGCGGCAGUGGUGGUGGUGGUACGGGUGCUGGUGUUACGGUCAAAUCUGGUGUCAUGUCUACGGCUAAUGCUCAACAUUCGCCGCAUGGAAUGCCACGCAAUUAUUAUGAACGGGACCAGCGUCAUACACAGGUAAAGACUUAUACGGACCAGGGCAAUGGUUUUAAUCAGCGGUCGGGCAGCACAACGCUUUAUAGUAAGCUCUCGCCUGGUAGGGAAUGCUCAGAUACCGAUAUGGAACCACAAGCGUCACAGAGUCAAGAUUGUGAACCAACACCACCAUUGCAAAGGCAUAAUUCCACCAAUUUCUAUUUGCCACAACUAGAAAAUGGUACGAUAGCCACGGGACAGGGUAACAAUGUAAAUGGGGUACAAGGCAAUGGUGGUGGCGGCGGCGGAGGUGAUUCUCCACGACACAUGCGCAUGUAUCAUCCGAGGCAUAGUCCUUUAGCCAGACAAAGAGGUUUGGAACCCCAGCGUGGCUUUAAUGAAGCCAUGUCACCUGACCAUCCAAAUCAUAUGCAGCAACAACAACAACAAGCACAAAAUCGUAGUGGGACAACUGCGACACCCACUAUGCAACAGCGUAUUAAACCUUUAGGUGUAGCUACCCCUCUGGUUAUGGCCAGUCCUGUUAGAAGAUCAAAUCCUGGCACACCCACCCAACCUCGGAGACCAGACUUUAUUGGUCUCAAUCAACAGCAGCAACAACAAUUGCAAAACCCACAAAAUCCAACACAAUCCUUUUAUGAAUAUACAACAAAUGUGGCACCGACUUCAACGACUGGUUUACCACCACAGCAUCCACAAUUGCCUAUAAUACAACAACAGCAGCAGCAACAACAACAUCAACAAAUGCUAAUGCAACAACAACGUGCCAUAAUGCAACAACAGCAGCAAGGUGUAAUUAAUAUUCAACAACAACACGCUGCAACUUUAGCCCAACAACCGUAUGGCGGCAGCCCACAGCGGCGUUUCCUAUCGGAAGGCGAACUGGUGCGUCAGGGUUCCGGACCAUCUGGGACGACAGGCAGUGAAUUGUCCUAUGCCCGUUCAAAUAACACUGUAGAUAAUAUACGCGAAUUGGCUGGUAGUCCACAGAGGGGAGUUUAUAUGUGGAAGGAUACAUCACCCGGUUUCCAAGGUAGCUCAGGUGGCGGUGGUAUUGGUGGCAUGAUGCCACCGCCAUCGUCAAUGGGAGGCAUCGGCAGUAGUGCGGGCACUAUGCCAUCAAGUAUGCAGCAUCAUAGUACCGGAGGACCUCAGUAUAUUACAGUCAGCGGUGGAGCACAACAGGGCCAUCCCUUGAUAAUGACCCACUCGAGAAUGCAUCAGACGCAGCCAGGAAUACACGAUUAUCAACAGCAGCAGCAACAACAGCAUUCGGUAUUUCAUCGUUCCAAUCCAACUAGUCCCACAACAUUACCCUCUGCCUCACAGGGACCACCGGUUUCGUCGUACAUAAUGCGUUAUGGUAAUGCGUCAUCGUCGGCUACCUCCUCGCAGCCACAACCCACUAGCUAUAGUCAAUCGAUGGGUGGUGGACAGUCUGUUGUGGCAUCAACAUCACAAGGUUAUCAACCGAAAAUACAUGGCGGUGUGCCAGUAUUUCCCCCCAAUCCCCAAGGCAUGAAUUCCUCCAAUACCCAACCAUCACCACAAAUCAAACGUAAACAAACCCCCACACGACCCAUGUCAUUCGUCAGAGCACUCGAAAUGACUGAUUCGAUGGAAAUGCAAACGCUUGAGCAGCAGCAACAGCAACAACAACACCAUCAACAUCAGCAGCAGCAACAAACGCAUCUGCAACAACAGCAGCAAAAUCGCAACAAUGGUGCCAUAACAACCGGUCAAGGUGUAGCUGGUCACAUAAUGGGUGCUGCCCGCGCUAAUACCACCACACCCACCCCCGACCGUGCCAGUGUCUACGACAUGAACUACGAAAUUUCCGUAUAACCCGUGCUGGUGCCCGUCGUUGUAGCACCCGCCACUGCCCCUACAACGGCACUUCAUAACGCUUAUGGACAUAAAAAACUAAUGGCGGCAAACAGCAGCUGCAGCAGUAGUGGUGUUGGCAAUAGUACCAAUAGUAGUAGCCUCAUUAUGCCAGGUGGCUACACAUUCAAUAAAUAUAAAACUCAAUUGAGCCACCCUGCACAUCAUCAUCAUCAUCUCCAGCAGCAGCAGCAACAGCAGCAUUACAGCGGCAGCAAUAGCAGUGGUACGGGUAGUGGUAGUAGUAAUUGCAGUAGUGGUGGAAAUACCACAAGUAGUAGUGGUGGUGGCAGUGGUGGUAGUAGUGUUUUUGUUGGUGUUGGCGUUGGUGUUGCCGCUGCUGUAGCAGCAGCUACCGCCCCUGCAGAGCCGGCUGCCUAUGCUUCUGUGGCUGUGGUUAAUGCCAACUCUACAAAUGGCAAUAGUAGCAAUAGUGUAAGACAACCAAAUAAAAGAAAAUUUUCCACUUUCUUUUAGUCGAUCUAAAUCCAAAACGAAAAUUACCACAACAUUACAUUACUAAAUUUCUUUACAUACAUAUGUACUCUCUUACACUAUUUAACCAUUUAAAUUGUUGAAAAGCAAAACUGCUCUUGCAAAACAAACCUAUUUUCAUAACAAAAAAAAUAAAAAAGAAACUUCAACCAAAAUGUAUAUAAAUACGAGUAUAUAAUUAAACAAAUUAAAUUGUCUUUAGUUUAGUAAAACAAAAAAACUCAUUCAUCUCUCCCUAUCACUCUCCCUUCUCCUAAAUUUACAUUUACCUUUACACAUAUAAUUACAAAAACAAAAAUACCCACUUAUACAUAUUUACAUAUACGUAUAUUUUAUCGAAAUUACCACAAAUUAUUUAUAAUAACAUAAAUAACCAUUUGUAAUUUAAAUCCUUUUAACUCAACACCGGCCCAGCCCGCCCCGCUUUUCUACACCUAAACAAUUCUUUCCUUCUUUCAACUAAUCCAUUUUUUCUGCUCUUGUAAAUUAUUUAUUUAAUGAAACAAAUUCAUAAUUCUCUAUCUACACAUCUUUCUUAAAAUAUGUAAGUAUAUUGACGAAUAUUGACGUGUAAUUUUGGCAAACCAAAAGGAAUUGUACAAUAUAAUAAGGACAUUUUGGUAUAUUAAGUUCACAGUUCUAAUUCAUAUUUGAAAAAUUUGUUUGUAUUAUAUAUUUUUACAAAGCCAGAGCUUUUUUAUUUAUUGUUUUAUAUUUAACAAUGUUUUGUUGAACAGAUAUUGCAUGAAAUUUUAGUUUUAAACGUUAAAAAUAACAUGUUUUAAAUAAAUUAAAAAAUUUGAUCACUUUCUAGUCAGAUUAUAAGUAAUUUCUUUGAUAAAUCAUUAAAAAUUUACUAAAACUAUGGAUUUCUUUUUAACAAGUUUAGAAAAUAAUUUGGAAUUUCUCUCAAUUUUUUCUCACAUUCGAUACAAGUCACAAGUUAAAAACCAAGAUUUUUAAAUUGAAUAAAACAUUAACUAUUUUCACACCAAAAUCUGUAAUAUGAACUGAAAUACUAAAACAAUCUCAUAAAUGUACUUAAAAAUUUCAUAAAAUGUUUACAAACUACUCACCACUAAAACAGAGCAUAAUAAUCAACUAAAGCUUAUUAAUUAAACUGAUUUUGUUUGUUACAAGCCCUAAAAUUAUUUAAAAGUAAUAAAUUUACAUUAAAUACAUUAUAUUAAAGUGACUUCCAAAUGUUUCACAAUUUGUUGUAUGCAAAGAAAUCAAAAUUAGGACAAACAAAUUUUAGCCAGCAGAACAAAAAGCUAUUUUUUUUACAUCAAAUUUUGGAAUGUUAUUACAAUCUAAAUAACCACAAAACCAUUAAUGGAAUUAACUAUUUCGCAAGUUGUAAAAUUCUCUUGAUUGUCUGUCUUAAGAAACACCUAAAUAUUCGUCAAUAUCAUUGUAUUAAUAUUUCUCUAUUUCUCAACUUCUUUCUAUGCUCGUUAGUUUUGUUUUAAGUUAAUUAUUUUAUAAUCCUUAAAGUUAAAACAAAUUAUUAGUAAUGUGUGUUUAUUUUUCUUUUUUUAAUAAAAUUAACUCUUAAGCAUUUAUUAGUUUUCUUGUGUUUUUAAAAUAAAAAUGAAAAUAUUAUUAUUAUUCUUCUGCUAUUUGGUUUAUUUAAUAAGUUAUUUCUUCCAUUAAAUAAAAUAUUAUUUUUAAUAAUUGAAUUCUUUUAAUUUAAGUUUUUUUUUAAAUUAUUUAAAAAAAUAUACCGUUUCAAAAACCAACGUGUGUUUAUUUUUUAAAGUUAAAUAUUAAAUUAAGUAAAUAUUUAUCUAUUUUCCAAAAAAAAAAA